ACUGCGUCGCGCGACUCGACCAACCGGAGUCCAAAGCGACAUACAUACGAAGUACUUUGGAAACCGAAGUGAACCAGAGAUACAAUGGCCUCAAGAUCCGACACCGAGCUUUUAACAGAGCAUUUUGGCUACCCACCCGUUAGCCUCCUCGACGAGAUCAUCAACUCGGUGAAUUUCCUCGCCGAACGCGCCCUGCACAGCAUAGAACAGGGUUUACUCAAUGCGCCAGCCGCGUCGCUGGGCUUUCACCGGGGUCCGGGGAAAUACAGCGCAUCGGCUGCCCGGCGUCCCAAUGGCAGCCGAGCGGCCGGGGGAGCAGCGGUGGCCGCGGAGGAGGAGGCUCAAGACGACCCGGAAAAACGCCAUCGAGACGAGGUCGAGAGCGGCACGCAUCAGCUCGAGACGCUCCUCUGGGCGAGCAUCGACAAGAACUUUGACCGCUUCGAGAUCUACGUGCUCAGGAACAUUCUGUGUCUGAAACAGCAGGAGAUGGGCUGGAUCAGGCUCGGGCACUACGAGGGGCUGGAUUUCUCCACCGGUGGCGACGACGAGGACAGGCCCAGCGUGGACAGCGUCAAUCGCCUGCGCCGCCGUCUGCAGGCCAGUCAGCGGCUGCAUUGCAUGCUUGUCGCCGAGCGCGCGAGAAACGCGGCCCUGUUGGCCGAGGUGAGGAGGCUUGUUGGUGUUCCUGUUGUGGCCGGGAAGAAUGGGGUCAAAGACGAGGUCGAGGGAGCCAGAGUCGCAGGGGAACAGCAGCAACAAGCGGGAGGGCAAGGACCAGGGCGUGAGGCAGCGAAUAAGCAGCAGCAGCAGCCGUUCCGUUUCCUCCGCGACAAGGGCCAGCUUACCGAAGGCGACGCCGAGACGCCGCUCACCACGACGACGGCGUUUUCCCUGUCGCAGUUGCAGGCUCUGCGGGCGCUGUCGGCGUCGCUGAGGGAGGUCCUUCCGAACCUGGCUGCUCCCGGCGGGGACGACGACCGAGAGGCUACUUUUGCUGGAGAAGGUGAUGGUGAAAGGGGGAAGAAUAAGAAGAGCUGGAGGAGGGAAAGGCUGGAGUACGUCGAGACGGCGACGCGAAAGCAUCUGGAACAUGUACGCGGGCUGGAACUCGGCGAAAACGGUGAGGUGAGAGACGGCGAGUGGGACGGCGGGGGACCGCACCUAGCCAAGGGUGAUGUGCAGAGUCUGGAGAAGGUCGUUACCCUCCUUGGGGGUAGCGGCGAUGAGCAGGAUAAGAUGGACGAGUCAUAAGGGCUGCGCAGUUUACUACUAUGUCCUUUCCGUUAUGCGCCACAUGUGGAUUGAGAUACGGAACCUAAGUAGCGGAUGAAUGGCUGGCUGGCAGGGAUGGGUGGCGUUCGGUCUGUUGUUAUGAUACCAUAUAUUGUUAUCUGACCUGUUUCUUGAUAUUAGGGCACCCGGGCUCAAGAGUAUGCUUCUAUUGCCACAAGCCUGGCUUUGGUGCGGUACAUAAAUCUUGAAAGGGUCCAUUUAUACCUAGUCCAAGAAGGACUAUGCGGUAGCUAUGAUGUACUCGCUGCCUGAGGUAUCACCGGCUCAGCGGCCC